ACUGAUAGGGGAAAUAUAUGGAAGAUUGAUACCAAAAAAGAAAUCUGAAUGAUAUAUACAACGCAUGCUGGUAUUAAUGCAUGAUUCGUCCUGAAUAAAUUGAUCGAAGAAGCUAAGAAUCAUUCUUUGUAGCUUUAAUUCAAAGCUAGCUAGCUUCUUUGUCGUGUUUCCUUCCUUUCUUGUGUAUAAAAAUGGCAGCAGCUGCGCCAGUUGUGGCGGAGAAAGUGGUUGCUCCUCCUCCGCCCGCCGCCGUUCUUGCACCAGAAGAACCACCUCUCACUUCCGUCGCCGUCGCCGCCCCUCAAAACAUGGGCCCCACCAAAGAUGUUUCCCCAGAGAAAGCUGUUGUCCCUCACAAGAAUCCUGAUCCUCCAUUGAAGACAGCUGGUUCUAAGGGAUCCCUUGACAGAGACAUUGCUCUUGCAAAGAUUGAGGAUGACAAAAGAGUAUCCUUUAUAAAGGCAUGGGAAGAGAGUGAAAAGAGCAAAGUAGAGAACAGGGCACAGAAGAAGCUUGCUGAUGUACUGUCUUGGGAGAACACCAAAAAAGCAAAUAUUGAAGCAAAACUGAAGAAGAUUGAGGAACAACUAGAGAAGAAGAAAGCGGAAUAUGCAGAGAAGAUGAGCAACAAAACAGCUUUGGUUCAUAAGGAAGCAGAAGAGAAGAGAAGUGUGAUUGUUUCCCAAAGAAAUGAACAAGUUCUCAAGACUGAGGAGAUGGCUGCAAAGUUCCGCGCAACCGGACAAGUCCCCAAGAAGGCGUUUGGAUGCUUCGGGUGAUGAAGGCUAUCUGAAGUCUGAACAAUGGCUGUAAAUUGAAUUGUUGUGUUUCUUCACUUUAUUGUUCUUCGUGUGUCGUAUGUUGUCCACUUUCUGUUCUUUGUGUUCUUUGCUGUGAUGUGUUCCCCAAGCUCUGUUCUUUGUAUAGACAGACACUCCUGUUUGCUCCUGUGUUAAUAAAUAUUAUAGUUCAGUUUGGUGCUUAAAA